AUGUUGGACGUUGGCGUAGUAAAUCAGAUGCUUAGUGGAAGUCGGCGCUCAUUGCUUGUGCGCUUGUUGCUGCUGCUCGCGUUUUCUGUUUUUUCUUGUUUUGGUGAAAAUGUUUGGGGGAUUUGGCAGAAAGACUCCAUAUUUAUUAUCGUCUCUUAGUGUUGCCGCGGCACAGCACAUUCACGACUCAGAUGAGGUUAGCUCUCCAGUAAAGCAACAUCGCGCGUUGCGUCCUCAAAUUGCCACGCCAAGCAAGAAUAUCAUUGGUCGUGUUCAGCGUUUAGUGCGGAAAAAUAUGAUCGAAAUCGGUACUCCUGGAAUUAUAAUUGGUGUCUCGAUCAAUGGAAAAGAUGUAUGGACACAGGGGUUUGGUUAUGCUGAUAUAGAAAAUGAAGUCAAAUGCAAAUUCAAUACUAUAAUGCGAAUUGCUAGCAUUAGCAAAAGCCUGACAAUGGCUGCUGUGGCAAAGCUCAUUGAAGAUGGCAAGCUUUCCUUAAAUGCUGCAAUUCAAGAUUAUGUUCCAGAUUUUCCAAAUAAAUUUUAUGAAAAUGAAAAGGCAGAAAUUACUUUAAAAAUGUUGCUAUCUCACACGAGUGGGAUUAGACAUUAUAAGAAAAAAGAAAAUGCGGAACUAGAUGAAAAAAAGUCAGAGCAAAACGAUAAAACAGAAAAAGGCAUUUCGGCAACAGAGAAUAGAUCAUCUACUCCAGAAUUUGAACAUUUAGAAUAUUACUCAAUGAAACCAUAUAAAAGCAUAGCGGAGGCUUUGGAAAUGUUUAAAAACGAUUCGUUAUUUCAUAAGCCAGGCACUAAGUUUCUGUACACUACGCAUGGUUACACCUUAGUAAGUGCGGUAGUUGAAAAAGCAGCUGGUGAGGAAUUUAUCCUACACAUGAAAAAAUUGUUCCAUAAGUUGGGAAUGAACAACACUUCUGCAGAGAAUCCUAUUGAUAUUGUUUAUAAUAGAGCUAAACAUUAUCAAAGAAAUGAGAACGGGCGUUUAGUCAAUGUUCCAUAUGUUGAUAACUCAUAUAAAUGGGCUGGCGGCGGGUUUAUUUCAAAUAUACCAGAUUUACUUAAGUUUGGAAAUGUAAUGCUCUAUAGUUUUCAACAUUCUGGUAAUGGAUUGUGCAGUAAUCCAGGAUUUUUAAAAUCAGAUACUGUAAAAAUGAUGUGGUCUCCCAUUGUGAAACCCGAGCAAAAUUCUGACAAGCGAUUACGUACCAAUACAUAUUAUGGUUUGGGUUGGUCUGUUUAUCCAGAAAGUCAAGAAUAUGAAUAUGCCAACCGAUAUGAUUUUGAAGUCCUGCACACAGGUGGAGCAAUAGGUGCUUCAAGUGUGUUAUACAUUUUACCUUCAGAAACUAAAAUAGCCGAAUCUGAACUCUCUAAGAAACCAGAAGAUACAAAUUUGACGCUUAAUUCUGAAAUUAUUCCACCACAUGGUAUAGUUGUUGCAAUUUUAACAAAUUUGCAAGGGGUAAAUCUGACUGGUCUUGCCAGAAAAAUUGCCAAAGAGUUUGAACCUCUUGCCACUGCUGAAUAAAAUAGCUAUACAUUGUAUAAAAGCAUCUGAAAGUGUUAUAGUUAUUUAUCUGUGUGAUCCCAAACUAUUUCAGCAAGCAUGUAGCUUAUAAACAAUUGUCUUAUUUCUUGUAAUUAUCAUCCAAAGUAAUAUUUCCCAAUCAUUCUUAUCUAAAGUAAUUUUUUUGUUUGCCACCCUUCUUCAUCUUUACUUGUGAUCAAUCGAAAUUGCAAUUUAUUGUAUUUUUUAUUUCUCCAG